CCUGCCCUGCACUCCCCUCCCCUUCCUUUCCCCUCCACCUGAGCCCAGGCCAGGGCUGGCUGGUAGUGCUUGGGGCAUCCAGGGGGCUGUCCUGUUGUUAAAAGUAAUUCCAGUCUCCAAUAGCUGUUUCCUUUUCUGAGAGGAAUGUGUUAAUGUGGAAGUAUCUGAGAAUGCAAGGAUGAUGUGUCUUGAACUGAAUGUGAACAUUGAAGUCCUGAAAUUAUAAAUGAUUUGAAUGAUUUGGUGACACACUGAGCUUGCAAUGCAGGCAAUAAAAACCGUGGAAAAAAGAAGUGACUUUUAUAAAGGAGAUACUUUUCACAGAAUCUUUCCUAAAGAAACAGGAGUGCAGCAGAAGCCCAGAGAGCAGGCGGCUCUGUGAGCAGCAGCCAUUGGAAGGAGCUGUCUGCAGCUCGCAGUGCUGUACUGAGCAUGUCCCAGCGGAGCCCAGUGCAAGCAGCACAUUAUGCAAAAAGGCAGCUCUAGCAGAUGGGAGAGAGGCACAGCAAGCAUUUGCUUCACUUGCAUCACCACCGCCUGAAAACAAACCUGGGUUGCUAGAGGGGAUCUUGCCGGCAGGCCAAAGGAAAGAAAACCGGGAGCAUGGCUUGAUUACCGAAGGUGUUGCACUGCGAAAAAUCAUGGGGAAUCAAGAUGGGAAGCUAAGGAAAAAUACAGGUGAUGUGCAUGAAGGAGGAGAGGAUGCCUCUGGGCCGAAGGAUACAGAUGGCACAAAGAAGGUAUCGGGAAGCAGAAGGGGACUGGGGAAGCAUGCAAAAGGAAGUGAAUCUGCUAAAAAGAAGAGUAAGUCGGACUCAAGGGCCUCAGUAUUUUCAAAUUUGAGGAUCAGAAAAAAUCUGUCCAAGGCUAAAGAUGGGAAUAGUAGUUCAAGGGAGGAUGUUUUGGAAAGCCAGGCCUUGCAGACUGGAGAGCUGGACAGUACUCAUUCAAUUGUUACUAAAACUCCAGAUAUAAGCAUCUCUGCAGAUGAAGGGGGCCUCUCAGACACAGAUGCUGAACAUUUUGAAAUCAGAAAUGAAACCGUCCCAGCUGCUGCAGAGACACAGGAUGGACAAAGGACCAGCUCUGGCUCCGAUACGGAUAUAUACAGUUUCCAUUCAGCCACAGAACAAGAGGAUUUGCUUUCUGAUAUCCAGCAAGCUAUUAGACUGCAGCAGCAGCAGGGGGCAAUUAACGUUGGAACUGAGGACCUUGUCACCAAAACAAUGGGCCGACACAUGGCUAAUUCUCAAGCAGCCCCCUUGGAUUUUGAACGGUUUCUUUCAAUAACCACCACUGACAAAGAGAGUAGCCCAGACACUGUGAAGGCUUUUCCAGCAGUAUCUGAAAUUGCGGAAAAUGUUCCCGUCUCCUGUGCAACUGAACGUGAACUGAAAGAAGCGGUAAAUGGAACAGGCUCUCCUGGUAACGGCUUAUUUGAAAAACAAGAAUGUAAGCUAUUGAUCGAGGAACAGGAACAGCUCGCUGCUGGAGUGGACGCUGUAGCUGGUGAACUAGAAGAUGAUUUAAACAGAACUGCGGUAGAAAAUGGGUCUGAAACCCACAGCUUCACGCUACGUUCUCCAACCUCAGUAGCAGAUUCUGAGACUAAAAUUGCUGAAGUGCAGGCUAUUGAUUUGCAAGGUUCAGUAACAGAGGAUGGUAUUUCAGAUGCAGGCCAUGAUCAUGCUGCUGAGACUCAGGAAGGGAAACAUACUCUGUCAGACAGUCAAGAGGACCUGCAUAAUGGUUUAUCUACAGAAAUGAAAGAUGGCAUUUUGUCCUCUGAGGGGACAGCAGGCAGCCCGAUGCUUGGUUCCCGAUGCUUUAAGCCCUAUCUAAUUAAUCCUUGUUACAUCAAAACUACAACUAGGCAACUGAGUUCUCCCAACCAUUCACCUUCUCCCUCCCCAUCCCAGAGCCCGCUUUUUACAAGGAGGCAGGAGUCUUUCCACAAAAAGGAAAAAGUCCCAAUCAAGAAGCAGAGGUCUGCUAGUUUGGCAGGUUUGUUUAGCCGUUCAGCAGACUGGACAGAAGAGGUAUCUAAUCACAAAUAUGAAAUAACACAGAAGGUGGGCUCUGUGGGCUACUUGGAGCACAAGGGGUUUAGAGAGAAAUUUCAAACAGAAAGAGUGCCUUUGACUCAUUCAAGAAAGUCCUCAGGGGUGCAGGCUUCUGCAGAGACAUUUCCCAAUGUCUUUUCAGGACGAACUCUGCUGGAAAAGCUCUUCAGCCAGCAGGAAAAUGCACCGCAAGAAGAAGCAGAAAAACUAUGUUCUCGUAUUAUUGCAAUGGGUCUCUUACUUCCAUUCACUGAUUGCUUCAGAGAGCCGUGUAAUCAGAGUGCCCAGCAAAGCACACCCACAUUUGAUCAAGACCAGCUCUAUACUUGGGCUGCAGUUAGCCAACCCACACAUUCAUCAGAUUACGUUGAAGGAAGCUUUCCAAGGAGAAUUCCAUCUGCGUGGCCCCCACCCAAACCACCAGAUGAAGAACAAGGACUCAAAAUUACGGAAACAGAUUCAGAGUUGAAAUCUACUGUACUAGAAACAGAAAAACAAUUCAUAGAAGAUGUUCAGCAGGUACAGAAAGAAGACUGUUCCACAGUACCUGGGUCCUGGGAUGAUUUUGAGGUGAAAUCGGAGGAGCGUGCCAGUGUCAUCCAACAGCUUGAGCAAACUAUUGAGGAUCUGAGGACCAAAAUUGCAGAACUAGAGAAACAGUUCCCUGUUACAGAAGUACAGACUGCGGGAAGGGAGCAGGAAAAUGAGCAUGCACACACUGCCUGCAGGGAACUCAGUAUUGUGAAUCUCCAAACAAACGGAGAGGAGUAUGUGCCCAGAACAGUGUCAGAAGCAAGAUCUGUACAAACAUCACCAACAGAAGAUUAUUUAACGCACAGAAUGCCUUCAGCCAAUGCACUGCCACGGCCCCCCUCGCCACUGCACUUGGAAGGGGGCAAAAGUGCAGGGCCAACAGAGAACUUGCCAGCUCUAGAAUUACAGCCCACAUUUUGUUCUGAAAUCUCCUUAAUUCUGUCUCCGAAGCUAAUCUCAGUGCCACUGGAUGGAAGCCAAUCAGUACAGACUACAUCACAGUCGCCUCUUCCAGGACCCAAAGUUAAUUUGUCCCUUGCAUUUGAAGGAGAGACUGAAUUUUCAUCUCCUCGUCAGCCUCUAAGUACUGGAAAUGUGACUUGUAGUGAACAUCCCCUUUCUUUGCCCCCAGAGCGCACAUGUAGCAUUCCCCCAUCACUAUCAGGCACUGAACUUGCUGCUUCUGUAACUGGAGUGCAUAGCCCUUCCAUCACUGGUCCCAUGCCUCUGGCAGGAGUACCACCCCCACCACCUCUGCCUGGCUCAGGACUUCCUCCGCCUCUUGCUGGCCCAACAGUGCCACACCUGGACCACUCUUUGCCAAACAUCAUGAUACCACCCCCACAGCUGCUGCCUCCUCCUCCUCCACCUCUGCCAAGUGGGGAGAUAGCAGUGUGUCCUCCAGCUCCCCCUCUUCCAUGUACUGGAGUCCCACCACCACCACCACCUCUGCCGGGAGCAGCAGUCCCACUCCCUCCUCCCAGUUGGGGCAUCCUUCCUCCUCCUCCUCCUCCACCACCUUUACCUGGGACUGCUAUCCCUCCCCCACCACCUCCUCUGCCUGGCCUGGGAAUGUCAACACUACCCACAGCACCACCUCUGCCUGGAGCAGGAGUUCCACUGCUUCCUCCACCUCUACCCAGAGGAGACAUCCCAGCCCCUCCUCCUCUGCCACCACCUCUGCCUGGUGGGGGUGCCCCUCCACCACCCCCUCCACCACCUCUGCCUGGUGCGAGUGCCCCUCCACCACCCCCUCCACCACCUCUGCCUGGUGCUGGUGCCCCUCCACCACCCCCUCCACCACCUUUGCCUGGUGCCCCUCCACCACCCCCUCCUCCACCUCUGCCUGGUGCAGGUAUUGCCCCUCUGCCACCUCCUCCACCUUUGCCUGGUGCAGGUGUCCCUCCACCACCACCACCACCACCUCCUUUACCUGGUUUGGGGAUGCCACCUCUAGCCCCACCACCUUUGCCUGGAGAAGCACCACCACUUCCACCACCAGUCCAAGGCAGUGCCUAUCCAUCAGUCCCACAAGUCGGAGGAUUUCUUCCUCCUCCUUUACCAUCUGGUUUAUUUGCAAUGGGGAUGAAUCAGGAGAAAGGGAGCAGAAAACAUGUGAUAGAACCUUCUCGACCAAUGAAGCCUCUUUACUGGACAAGAAUUCAGCUCCACAGUAAAAGAGAUUCUAGUGCUUCACUUGUGUGGGAAAAAAUUGAAGAACCUUCCAUAGAUUAUCAUGAGUUUGAAGAACUGUUUUCUAAAACAGCUGUUAAAGAGAGGAAGAAACCUAUUUCGGACACCAUUACAAAAACAAAGACUAAACAAGUUGUCAAGUUGUUAAGUAACAAAAGAUCUCAAGCUGUUGGAAUAUUAAUGUCUAGCCUUCAUUUAGACAUGAGGGAUAUUCAGCAUGCUGUUGUGAACUUGGACAAUUCUGUGGUUGACCUAGAGACCCUUCAAGCCCUGUAUGAGAAUAGAGCACAAUCGGAUGAAUUAGAAAAAAUAGAAAAGCACAGCAAGGCAUCUAAGGAAAAAGAAAAUGCGAAGUCUUUGGAUAAACCAGAACAGUUCCUCUAUGAACUCUCACUAAUUCCCAACUUUUCAGAACGUGUAUUUUGCAUCCUGUUUCAGUCAACAUUUUCAGAAAGCAUUUGUUCAAUCCAUCGCAAACUUGAAUUGUUACAGAAACUGUGUGAGACACUGAAAAAUGGGUCAGGAGUUAUGCAGGUGUUGGGUUUGGUUCUUGCCUUUGGAAAUUACAUGAAUGGUGGAAACAGGACAAGAGGACAAGCUGAUGGGUUUGGACUAGAUAUCCUGCCAAAACUGAAAGAUGUCAAAAGCAGUGACAACAGCAGAAGUCUUCUAUCUUACAUUGUCUCAUACUAUUUGCGUAAUUUUGAUGAGGAUGCUGGAAAAGAGCAAUGCAUCUUUCCUCUUCCAGAGCCACAAGAUCUCUUUCAGGCUUCACAAAUGAAGUUUGAAGACUUUCAAAAGGAUCUCCGCAAAAUGAAGAAAGAUUUGCGAGUAUGUGAGACAGAAGCAGCAAAAGUUUAUCAGCUAUCACUAGAAGAGCACCUCCAGCCUUUCAAAGACAGCAUGGAACAAUUCAUUAGUCAAGCUAAAAUAGACCAAGAAAAUGAAGAGAAGUCACUAACAGAAGCACAUAAAAGCUUUUUGGAAACUGCAGUGUAUUUCUGUAUGAAACCAAAAAUGGGAGAGAAAGAGGUGUCCCCGCAUUCUUUCUUCAGUAUUUGGCAUGAAUUUAGUUCUGACUUCAAAGACUUCUGGAAGAAGGAAAACAAACUUAUUCUUCAGGAAAGAGUUAAAGAAGCAGAGGAAGUCUGCAGGCAGAAAAAGGGGAAAUCACUGUACAAUAUAAGACCAAAACAUGACUCCGGAAUUAAAGCCAAGAUAAGUAUGAAAAUCUGAGAGAAGAAAAGCAAAAGCCAUUGUUACCUGGUUACCAAAACUCAACAUGUCUGUGGGUGGGGGGUGAAGGGGAAGGAAACUACAUCAUCCUGAUCAUUUGCUUUCUUGACCUUUUUGAAUUCGCUUUUUGUUCUCUAGAGUUUUCCACCAAUUGAUGUGUUAAUAUACAUUCAUGAGUGAGUGUGUAAUCACUUUAAUGGAGUGCCCAGCAAUAGACUAGGUAUGGACUUGAAACACCUUCCCUGUACUCUGUAUCUCCUUUUCCACUCAAAAAUGAUAUUUUGUUAAGUGUAUGGUAUAUUACAAAUAGGCCAAGUCAGCAUGCAUAAAAAGCAGCAUCUGCAUCAGUUCUGAACAUGCUGGAAACUGCAUUAAGUUGAACUUUAUAAGAAUGCUACUUGAUAAAGUAAAACAUUUCCAUUCCUACUGGCAACAUCUGUCUAACACAAAUACUUCAUGGCACUGCACUUAGAUUAGGGAAAGAAAUGUUACUCCUAGUGAAUUGUUUGUAUCCGUUUCAUGUUGGCAUUUGUAGUUUGUAUUUUGAAUCGUUAAGUGCUGUUUAUACAGUAUAAUCAAUGCUUUCCCAACUCGUUUGGUUGCCCUCCAUGACUAAAUAUUUGUGGAACAAGAUGUUUACUAUAACUAUCUUUAAAAUCGAUAAGGCAGCAUACUUUUACUUCAUCUUUUGCCAGAUAGUGAAUGUCAGGUGGUAAUGGUGAGGUCAGAAAUCCAGCAUUUAAAAAAAUAAAAACGAAAAGCAGGAAAAUACAGAAAAGCACAGAAGUACUAUGGAGAGUAUGAGAGAGAUUUGGCUAUUAUAGUUUGUUAACAUUAUAAAGUAGCUAAUACUUUUACAUGAACUUUAGAAGGUGUAGUAUAGUUUUAACUGCUGAUCAGUUAUGUCAGGCAGGCUUUCGGUCACAUGUACAUGAAUUCCCUUCUGGAAUUAGCUUUGCAGUUAAUUUAAAACUCCUUUAGAGAGCCAUUAAAAGACACACAUGGAGAUUGACAUUUAUGGAAAACAGUGGCCAAUUCUAGUGACAGACUUAAGACUACCAACUAAUUGACAUCAAUUUCACACUUAAUGUAAUUGCAGACUUUUCCUCCAGGCUUUCAGCCUCCCUGCCUAGGAGGUCAAUGAUUGAAAUCUAUGACUUAGGGCUUCCAUUUUAGACCACGUGCUUAAUUCCUAUUUUCAAUCCAGAAUUUACUAUAUCAGCCUUGAUAUGCUCACAGUAACAACCCAUUCCUCUGGUCUUAAAUAAAUAGCCCCAAACCAAUCAGCCUGAUUGAUAACAUUUUGCUUUCAUGGCUGGCUUUUCCUGAAGUAACCAGUGUGUGCAAUUGAACUAGAUGCACAUGCUCACAGCCUUGGAGCCUGAAAGAUGCUGGGGUAAAGCAAAUGAGGUCUAACCUGCUGGGGUGUGUUGUUCCCUGUCUAAUCUAGCACAUUAUGAGACAUUCCUAGUGCUCCAGAGGCUAAUAUAUUAUACAAGGUGUCAUAAACGAAAGUGUGAAAUUUGACCUCAGGAAUCUGUUAUUCUUCACAUAUACCAAGCACUAGAAAUGAUGUUUUUUUUCACUAUGUGAAAAGCAAGUCUCCUGUUGCUGACAAACCUAUUUGAAAUUCUGUUGUUGUAAUAAUUUCUGGCAGGGAUAUAAAUUACCAAGAAUAGAGUUCUAAAACUUUGUGUUGAUGGGAGUAACAUUACUAUUUGGGGAAGUGAAGAGAUUAUUUGUUGUUACAACUAACUUAUGGAAAAAAAAAAUCUUUAAAAAAUAAAGCUAUUUUAAUGGCACUGAUUCAAAUCCAUGUUUGUAUUUAUAUAAACAGUAGUCUUUUCCUCUUAACUUUGCUCCUAAGUGCAAGGAUACAGUAGCAUGUUUUCAUUUGUAGCCUUCCUGUUUCCUUCAGUACCUACAGUAUGUAUAUUACUAUACUAAAUGAAAUAAUAGAUCAUCUAACAAAGAUCACUAUGUGCAAUACUGUAUUUAGUGUUUCUAUUUCAAUUUUUUUUAGAAUGUUAAUUUAUAUGAAAAUAAAAUGAAUAACAACAAAAUAGUUGCCUUCUCUCUUCACUCUCAGGCUGUGCUGUAGUUUGCUUGCAACCAUUCAAUCCCAAAGCACCACUUCUAGUUAAGGAAAAACCUUUACGAAGGGAUCAGUAGAAACAGGGAUUCUCUUUCCUUGCCAUUUGGAAGCACAGUGACAGUAAUUCCAGGUUAUGUAGACAUAUGAUUUCUUCCCUGGAUGGUGAUAGUGAGGACCUUCAGAGUCCUUUACCCAGUCAGACUGUAUCACUCACUUCUCUGGCUUGUGCAGACCUUCCAGUAGUGCAUUAGGCUUAGGUGGUUCAAAUCCAUCUCUUUGCAGCUGUGGAGCUGAUUUGAUACACAAUAGAAGCCUGACUGCAUUCUUACUAUUAAGGCGCCUUUAACCUGUUCCUAUUAACACUGCCUACAGUGCCUGUUUCUAUUAACACUGCCAACAGGCUCAUGAAAUUCCUAUCAGGACAAAAAUAUGCUUUCAAAAGUAUUAUCUGCAUACUAUGUCUUUUAUAUGCAAAUUUAUGAAAAUAUGUAUAUGUUGUUUUACAUCAUUAAAGACACUUCAUAUAUGUCCAACAACCUUGUAGUACUGUUACAUACAUAUUAACAUAAGUACAUGCUACCCUUUUCACAGGAUCUGCAACGCAGAUGCUAAAAGUUAUUUGCAAUUCUGUCAAAGGCUGACUGUAGCUGGCAGUACCAUGCUAUGAUCUGAAGAAACAAGCUGCUAUGUAGAUUUUCCUCUUUCACUGUGCUCUGGCUCAACCUAUUUGAGCAUGUCUCUUGAAAACAGGUUGGAAACAGUUAUUUUAACUUCUAUACAGAGUAAAGUGGCCCAUAUGUGCACUGUCAUAGCUGACCUACAGCACUCCCAGAGUGGAAUCCCAGACUAACUCUCACCAUUGCUAUUUUGUUCAGUGACACACUUGGCUUUUUACAGAAUUCUGGCCUAAUGUUAUUUUGUUUGUUUGUUUGUAAUGUUAUUUGUUUGUUUUUUUAAGAGGUGGAACAGCCCUUUAAGUCCCUUCACCCCCUGUUUAUUGCAACACCAAACAUGCCACAUGUUCUGAACCUUUGUUGAUUGUGAACCCCAUAUAUUACUCAGUUACUUAAAUUGCAGCAGCUAAAUAAGGACUUUCAUACCUGAGCAGUGGAUGUAACUUACUGAGUAUGAGAAUAAAAGUCUGGCUUUUAUGAGGAGCUAUGAAGAUUUGUGUUGUUUUGCUUUGCAAAUUAAAGUCUUUCAGAAGCAUGGUACUUUGUCAUAUGUGUUAUGACGCAGUAGUGGUUAGCUUUUUUGUAGCAACUUUCAUCAUCCCAAAGCACUUCCAAAAGUCAGUUAAGUAUUAACCAACAGUGGCAUUGGGAAUGCAAUUAGUAAUAUCUUCCAUAUGUUGUCAUUUUUUCUUGCCUGAUUUCUCAGUGAUCAGCUUAAGAAGUUGGAAGCAGUUAUUAAUUUCAUUGAGAGAAGAUGUAGCAAGUCUUUUCAUUGUCAUUAUUUUCUUGCAUGCUCUAGGUUAAUAUGGAGAACUGAGUUUAUGCCAAGUCCUUUAUAUCAGUUUACUUAAGUUACACCAAAUUUGAACUGCUGUAGAUAUAAUAAGUGAAAACUGAUAGAGUUGAUUUUUUCUGAAGAUAAUAUGAACUGGUCAGCAAAGGAAGAAGACAAAAAAAAGAAUGCCCAAUGUCAUUCAGAUCUACUGCCCAUCAAUCAAAUGGGACUCAUGUUAUGGAACAGGUUUUCCAGGUUAUUCUCUUGCUUAUGGCAGACCCAUCUGUAUCUGAUAAACGUUCAUCCAACCUACUUGUAAAAGCUUCUACUUGUAAGUCCAUUGUCUCAAAAGCAUGGUGUCUCUCUGAAGAUAAAGAAAGAUAAACUUUGUGUUGAGUCAAAGCUAUUUUCUUAUUUAUUCUCAUCUGUAGCUCAAAUUUAAGCUCUUAGAAACUGGGAGUAUUCAUUUGUCACUCACCACAGACUGGUGCCCUGCCACGUCAGCAGUUCCACAGUGGUAGAGCUAACAUUUGUUAGUUGUCUCCUCUUCCUGUCCCACAACACCAGUCACAUUUAAGAAAUACAGGAUCUAUCUGACCUAGUGCCUCUUCCGUCAACGCUGGGAGUUUUGCCUUGGUCUUGGACUGCUUCCACAACAGGGACUUCAUUGGAUUACUGCGUAAACCUCUGGUACGCUUUGGUAGUCAGGCAGCUAGAGGCAGGGAGAGCCAAGGUGGAAUCUAGGUUGUAAUGCAAACAGAUGGAAGUUCAGGUGGGUGCUGGGCAAUGAAGCUACGGGAAAAGCAUGACAGUGGCUAAGAGAUGGGCAGAAACGAGAGUGGGGUGUUGGAGGAGAUGGCUGCCUGAGCUUCUUUUGAGGCAAGUGAUGGAGUCAUUUGCAGGUUCUGAGCAGAGGGCCCUGACCAUACUUACUUAGGUAAUGAAAGCACAGCAGAACAGUAAAACCAAAUUACUUAAAAACCAAACAAGCAAAACUCACAAAUUAAAUUGCUGAACUAUGAGAGGAUUUGGUCAAGACAUUGGGGGAAGGGAAGACAGCAAAGGGUUUCUGCAGAUGUCAGUUACUCUGCCAUAAAGGAGACAGCCCUCCCUUGCUAGUUGUGGUGUUCUUUCAAGGACCGCAACAGGCAUCUCUUCUGGCCACAUGAUGGCUCACUCAUGUUUUCCUUCAAGAUUAUUUUGUAACUACCUUUUCCCUGGGUUGGAAACAAGCAAACAAACAAGCAAGCAAUACACACUACCCUAUACUUUGAGAUCCAUACAGUGUACUCCUUCAAGAGUUGAUAGCAAGAGUUCAAACUCACCUAUAUCUUAACAUAGAUUUUUUUUUUCCUAUGG